UGGGAGAACUCGGUCUCGCGAUCCUCUCCUCUGCACUGUCCUAUGCUGACGACAGAGCCGGCAUAUAGAUUCCGUUGCCGUUUAUUUGUUGAGGCCUCGACUUAUGACCGUCCGAGCCGAGUGUCUUCUUCUCUCUGGAUGGGACUGCUUUCCUGAGCUGCAUCCUUCAGAACGAGCUCUCCGGAUCGGUCAGCCGCUAGGCCUGCAUCAUCGUUCUAUCGACUUCCCCUCCGGUGUGAUCGAGCUGCGGGCUCGACCUGCGCUCAGUGAUUCCUGCCCCACCGUCGGGCGAGUGCGAAUGCGGUGACGAGGUCCUAUUCCGAAGCGAGAACCGUCUGUUUAACUCCUGUGAUUUCCAAUCUGGCGCCAUCCUAGGCGCCGCCUGUCACGCUUUUUUCCCCGAAUCCGUCUGGUGAUGUCGUUGCUCAAUGAAGACCAAAUGGCUGAGCCCCGGCCGAAAUCGCUCUUCAGCCUCGAUUACUACAAAAUUUAUUUCGAUGUCAAAGGGGAUGAGGUUUUGCAGCGGACGAUCGCCUCCUUGUAUCCACUCAAAGGGCAUUUGGAGCGGAAUAUACGAACGAACCCGGACCUAUACGGUCCCUUAUGGAUAAGCGUAUCGUUGAUCCUGACAUCAGCUAUAUCCCACGGCAUCGCUCAGUUCAUUGAGAAUGCCACCAGCUGCGUCGCUGUCGACACCGACAUGCGAAGAACGUCGUUCGUGAUGACAACAGUCUUUUUGUAUACUUUCCUUCUGCCGACAUCUCUAUGGGCCUAUCUCAAGUUCCAAAACGCCGAGACGAGACAGUCUUUGCCGAGCUAUAUCUGUCUCUAUGGAUACUCAUUAGCCGUCUUCAUCCCAAUAUCGAUUCUAUGGGUGCUCCGCAUCCCGACUAUCAUGUGGCCUGUCAUGUUGGGCGCAGCGCUCAUCACCGCGUAUUCCUUAGUGAACUCACUCUGGCCAUCCCUGGAAGGUCUUUCGACUUUGCGCUCGAGGUUCAUAGUUUCUUUCAUCGUGAUCGUUCUCCACGUCGGGCUGGCUGUGUCCCUGGGUUCGUAUGCUUUCGAGCCAUCGAGAGUACAUCCAGCAAGAAUCAUCAAACCCGUCGCACCUACGGCGGCCCCGACCGCACGGAGUUGAAAGAGAAAUUCCUCAUAACACAGAUGAGCCAGGAGAAGGCUCCGAAUAAAUUGCUAUUUUCCCGAACUCGCUGACUACUUUGACGGAACAAUUUCUCUCGCUGGGAUCGAGACGAAGCCUGGGCGG